AUGAGUUGCUCUCCUCUCUCAGUUCUCAGGUGUUUCCGGUCUCGUCGCUCAUCCAAACAGACCAAACCCAAGAACAACGCAUCAUCACUCUCGUCGGAUGCAAGAGACAAACAAAUCCUCGACCAUACGGGGGAGGACCGGAUCAGUGAACUCCCAAACGAAUUGUUGGUCAUGAUCCUAAAGGAUGUGGCCACAGAAGAUGUCGUCAAGACAAGUGUGUUGUCUCAACGAUGGAAGAACGUAUGGAAAGAUGUUCCGAACCUUGUCUUCGAUAUGGAAAAAGCUACCGUAACCAACAUGGAACAUCCUGUUGUUCAAUCUGAUCGUCUUGCCAAAAUGAUAACAAAGGUUAUAAACAAUCACAAUGGUCAUCUGGCGAGCUGCAUAAUCAAACAUGAUUUCUACCAAUGUCACACCGAUGUGCUCGAGACUUGGAUUCGAUUACUUACUCUUCAGAAACAUACCAAAGCUCUCUCACUUUCAAACCUUCGUGCUCGUCCUAGGGGAUUCCAUCUGCUCCAAUUGCCUCAAAACACAUUCUCGCACCCAAUGCUCGAAGCACUCUUCCUAUGCCACUACGAGUUAAAAACCGCACAUGCCUUCAACCGAUGUCAUAACCUCAUCAUCCUCAAACUGGACCAAAUCUCUACUAAGGUUGAUGUGCUGAACACAGUUAUUGCAUCGUGCCCCUCUCUCAAGGUGCUAGUGCUUCAUGUCAUGUGGUCUAACGGAAGGGCUUGCUUGAAGAUUCAUAACAAGAACCUAAAGCUCUUGCAGGUGGCUUGUUCUAAGGUUGAUCGUUUUGAAGUGUCUGCACCUCGUCUGGAAAUUCUCUCCAUUGACUACGUUUUUGAUGGGCAAUGUGACUUCGUCAUCCAUGCCCCUAGGCUUUUGUUUAUUCCAAAGUUUGGGUCUCUGAACAUGGGGAGAAGACAAUCCAUGAUGUAUAAUAUAUUAUGCAAAGCUCAGGAGACAGAACAUAUUGGGGAUAAGUUCUUGGUGAGUAGAGAUGCUAACUUUUUUCAGAAUGGUAAAAUUUUGAUGGUGGCCGUGGAUGUAAUGAAUUGGAAACAUGUUGAGAUGUUGCGAAAUGUUUUAGUCAAAUGGAAUGGAGUAAUGGAAGUUCUCUAUAUAGCAUUUAAGGGUACUAAUUUUCCCAAGGAAGAAGGUGAAUCUUCAUUUGGUGGAACACAAGACAAAAAUUGGGAGGAGAAAGUGUUUCCCAAUGCUGAUUUCCGCGUGGAAUCUGUGAUGGUGUUUUAUUUCACGGGUUCGAAGAAACAGUUUGCAUUAGCUUCGCGUUUUAUUACGCAAGGGACUGUAACGCGCAAGAUGACGUUCCAGAUGUCUUCGGUUCCUGAAGAGAUGAAGCCAGAAACAGAAGCGGCUGUCGAAAAACUAAUGAAACUUCCAAAAGGUAACGCGGAGCUCGAAAUUGGAUACUAUUGAUCAAAUUUGGUUCAAAUCUAUUCCUAUGUGACAACAUAUUCUUAUCUUCUGAUAAAAACAUAAAUCAUGUUGUCUUCUUCUCCCUAUCUAAAGUCACAUUUUCUAUUGGAUA